AUUUUGUACUCGUUGCAACCUUCAAGCUGAUAUAUUCAUCUUCCUACACAAGAAAUUCCUGCUGUGACUGAAUCGAGACCCAAACGAGCUCGAAGGUUUGACAAUGUAUCAACGACUGGUCAGAUGCAGAACAGCAACCCUUUUUUCCGCCCCCGCCCCCUAUUUCUCCCGCUAUUACAUUCGUUAUUUUGCGACCUUGCCUUCAACCCGUGGAGUUUCUCCAAAGACUAUUCCCGUGAAAUCGGUCCCCAUGUACCGAGCCAUGAGCACAGGAAGUGAGACCAGCCGUCCAAGGACUGGUUAUUCGGGGAUCGAUGGCCAACUGCCGCGUUGCUUGGAAAUCCUGAAGCAUGAAAUGACGAGCCCCGAAUUUCACGAUAGUGUUUGGGGCUUUGUGAUCUAUCGUUGCGUGAAAGGAAAUGACGCUGCGUGGAAUUCCCUCCUACAAAUAAUCCAAGAUGAUGUCCGAACUUCGUUUGAACCUGAGAAUCAUACAAGCCCUAUACCAGAUGAUAUCUUGCAAUACCACGAUUUGCAUGUUGUUGACGAUAAAAAGCUCUAUGGUGCAUCGAUCAGACAAGUUCGUGAGCAUUUUCGGGAAUGGGUACCAAGAAGUCUCAAUUCUAGACUUCGUCCAGACACUAUGAUUGAUGACAUAACCCGUAUUGGUGCAGAUACAACACCUCGAUACAUGCUAUGCCUCGCAGUUGAUCAGAUCUGUCUGGAGUCCUUAGAUCAUCCAGGCAGCAACUCGCCUGUUGCAAAACUGGUUUUCAAAGAUUUCAAUCUAAAAGAGGAGAGUGCAGAGGAAAAACUAGCCUAUGCCGAAAGAUAUGAGCAGCAUACACCAGACGAGGGAUGGAUGUACAUGCCUCUUGCUCAGUAUACGGAGACCUACACCGCGCGGAUCGCGUGGGAUGAUUGGUACGAUGAUUAUAUCAAUCCACCGUUCACGGAUUGGUGUGAGGACGAGUCUCAUCGAAUUGGUCAUUGGAGGGACAAGAAAAAUUGA